UCCGCCCUCGGCGUGUCCCGGGCGCUGCGGGCUGAGCGCGGUGCUGGCCCUGCUCUGCCCCUGCUCGGCGCCUCGGUCCGGCCUCACGCUGCGAGGGAGCCGCGCACCGGCGGCGGUUUUUAUGGCCUUUUAUCUGGACAGGAGGGGAAAGCAGACAGAUGCAUGUGAGUGCCCCAUGGCUGCAGCUGCCUCAGUUCACUCAUUUAUUGCCUAUUGUAACUUGGAAGAAUUCUUUAGGUCGGUUCAUCUUCUGGGACCCAUCCCUGCCUUCUGGUUAAGGAAUCCAUGCACACAUACAGGAUGACUCAAGAGUGGGAUGGAUGUUCAGAUACCAGAAAGGUGCUGGUAACUUGACAGGAACCUCCACAUUCUUUGAAGAGACCUGUUGCACGUGAGACCUUUCAGAAACCUGUGUAGUUUGAAUACCUUGGAUUGUUACAUUCUGAAACUUUCACCAUGAAGAGAGCUGGGCAGAAGGUGGUGGCUGGAACUGAAGCUCCUGGAACAUCACAGACAAACAAAAAACAGAAAACUAGUUUAUGUGGCUCAGGGUUUGGGGAAUCUGAGCCGUGCACCUCGAUGGACUGGGGCAGCCUUCCCCACCACGUGAUCCUGCGUGUUUUUCAGUUCCUGACUUUAGUGGAUAGAGCCAGGGCAUCUUCUGUUUGUCGAAGGUGGAAUGAAGUUUUUCACAUCCCAGAUCUCUGGAGGAGGUUUGAAUUUGAACUUAGCCAGCCAGCCACUUCUUAUUUAAAGUCUACACAUCCAGAUCUCAUUCAGCAGAUUAUCAAGAGGCACGCUGACCAUCUGCAGUACGUCAGCUUCAAGGUUGAUAGUAGUACUGAGUCAGCAGAAGCAGCCUGUGACAUCCUUUCUCAGUUGGUGAAUUGUUCUAUCAAGACACUAGGUUUGAUCUCUACAGCAAAACCAAGCUUCAUGAAUGUCUCUAAGGCUCAUUUUGCAUCAGCACUGACAGUAGUUUUUGUGAAUUCCAAGUCAUUAUCAUCAAUCAAGAUAGAUGACACACCCCUUGAUGAUCCUUCCUUGAAGGUUCUUGUUGCUAACAACAGUGAUACUCUAAAACUACUAAAAAUGAGCAGCUGUCCUCAUGUUUCACCUGCUGGCAUUCUUUGUGUGGCUGAUCAGUGCCAUGGACUCAAGGAGCUGGCUUUGAACUACUACAUAUUAAGUGAUGAACUGCUGCUGGCUCUUUCCAGUGAAAAGCACGUUGAUCUGGAACACCUUCGCAUUGACGUCGUGAGUGAAAAUCCCGGCCAAGUUCAGUUUCACACCAUUAAAAAACAAAGCUGGGACGCUCUUGUUAAACACUCCCCCAAAGUCAACAUUGUCAUGUAUUUCUUCUUGUAUGAAGAUGAAUUUGAUGUUUUCUUCAGGGAGGAAACACCUGUCACACACCUGUACUUCGGCCGUGCAGUCAGCAAGGCCAUGCUGGGCCGCAUUGGCAUGAACUGCCCGCGGCUGAUCGAGCUGGUGGUGUGCGCCAAUGGACUCCAGCCCCUGGAUGAUGAACUGAUCCAGAUCGCUGAGCGCUGCAAGAACCUGACUGCCAUGGGGCUGGGGGAGUGUGAGGUCACCUGCAGAGGUUUUAUUGAAUUUGUCAAGAUGUGUGGGGGCAGGCUUACUCAGCUUUCCAUCAUGGAGGAGGUGCUGAUUCCAGAUAGUGAUUACAGCUUGGAUCGGCUCCAUCUGGAAGUCUCCAAACACCUUGGAAGAAUGUGGUUUCCUGAUAUGAUGCCCACGUGGUAAAUUCUCUGUGUGGAUAAAAUUGUGGGAUGGGGGUGCUGCUUUCUAUGCAAAUAAAAAAUUUAAAAAUCAAAUGUGAAAAUUUUCUUCCAGAUUUGAGUUUUUCUUCCUUGAGAAAACCUCUAUUAGACUAACAGCAAAACACUCUAAAAUAUUACUUAUAUAUUGAAAUAGAAAAUAGAUUGAAGUGUACUUAACGGUUCUGAAAGUAUGUCUGUGGUUUACAGGUGCUUCAAACUUCAAUGAAUUUUGGCUUCUCUGAGCUUCAGUUUAAACAUUCCGUUUACUUUCAAGUGGGUUUGGGUUUUUGGGUUUUUUUAUGUCUUUGUUUACUCUUUCUGAUCUAGUCAGAAGAGAAGCUAUUUUCCUUUAGGAAAUCUAUCUGUGGAAGGCUGGAUAGAAUUUUGAGUACAGUAUUAUUUGUCAUGAUGUUUUAUAUAGCUAUUUUUUAAAUAAUUCAUGUUUUAAUUGUAAAAGCUUGUAUAUUAAAAUACACUAUCCCAGGUUAAUCAGAUAUAUUAUAGCUUAAAUUCAUGGCAGUAUAAUAAAAUGUUGAUAAGCUUAUGCCUACAAGAAAUUUUCCAGCUCUAAAUUGCACUUUAAGUAAUUUUGUCAAAUUACAGAAACUAGAGAAUGCAUUGUACAGUACGUUGUUUUUGUCUUAUGAGUUAAAAGGAUGAAAAAGAGAUUUUGUUCAAAUUACUGAUUAUAAGUUUGGUUCUAGAUUGAUUGCUUGAAUGAGUAAUAAAGCACUUUGGAAACUGUCAGGACAAUAAGGAAUAGCUUUGGAUUUGGGCUCAAGUCUUUGUAAUCAAAGACUGAUGUCUGAAUGCUGUUCCGUGCUUUCAUUGCUAAGAAAUAAGAAAGAUUUUAUAAAUGUAGCUGGUAAGAAGGAAAGAUCAAAGGCCAUACAAUUGUCUUUGAUCAAUUUCUAUUUGGAAUCAAGAAUUUAUAGCACUUAAAGUUGUCACUUGGAGGACUAAAUGGACUGUAGAAAUCUCACCUGUUUCUUCCAGAGCUUUGUGUAAGCCCUGAUUUCUAGAGAAAGGCUUGCUGAAGGUAAUCCUGAAAUAUUUAAUUCAGGACUGUUUAAUACUUGUUGCUAUUAAUUGUUUUUUGAGACAGAUUGUAUUAUAUUUUAUUUUCUUAAAAGGGGAAAGACAUGGUGAGUUGAUGUAAAUUAGAGUAUGUAUUUUUGUGUUAACAUUUUGCACACUGUAAACUUCAAUGCAUUGUAUAUAAAUUUUUGCUGUAAUGA